AUGGCAACGUAUGAUUACAGGAGUUCAGAAAGGAAGUCCGCGGAUCAGAGGAUUCCACCACGGUUUUCAAGGGAGAAUGAAGCACUCUGUUCAUCAGCGAAAACGGUUGCAUCUCCGUUCACUGAUGAGAUCCUGAACGCUCCGAAUCCGAAGAAGUUUUACAUGCCAGUUUUCAUUCUGUUUGAUGGAACAACUCACCCGAUCGAUCACAUUUACCACAUUCGGUUGAAAAUGGCUCUGAACACAAAUGAUGAUUAUUUGAUGUGCAAGUGCUCCCCUACGAGUUUGGAUGGGCCAGCCUUCAAUUGGUUCAAGAAUCUGACUCAAGGUUCAAUCGCAGGCUUCCAAGACUUAUGUGACAAAUUCAUAAGCCAGUAUUAUGGAAAUAAGCGCCCAGCCAAAGAUGUUUCAAGCCUCUUUACAACGAAGCAGCACGAAGACGAACGACUCCAAGCUUUCCUCACCAGGUUCAACCUCGUUAAGAGCAUGGUAAUGGAAUGUCAUCCAUCCACGGCGGUGCAAGCGUUGAAACUUGCGAUGAACCGAGGGACGACGUUCCACACAAGCCUGGUGGUGGAUACGCCGAAGACCAUGGACGAGCUGAACGAGAGAGCUGACGGUUUCGUGCAUUUGGAGGAAGAAGAAGUAGCUAAUGCAUGGAAGACGUCGAUUAUUUCAACAGAAGAAAAGUCCAAAACCAAGAUCCGGUAA